AUGCGCAUGGAGGAAUACCCAUCUGAUCUCAUUCGGAAUUUUUCGAUAAUUGCCCACAUCGAUCAUGGUAAAUCGACGUUAGCGGACAGAUUGCUUGAGGUCCGUUGCUUCCGCCGGCCUCAUUCUGUUUGGAAGCUAAGAAUUGAUGUCGGGGCAAAGCUGACAGGCACGAUCGACAAGCGGCAGAAGGGUCUGAACAAGCAAGUCCUAGACAAGCUGAAGGUUGAGCGGGAACGCGGUAUCACAGUGAAGGCGCAAACGGCGAGCAUGAUUCACAAGUUUGCCGGCCAUCAUUACCUCCUUAACUUGAUUGACACGCCCGGACAUGUCGAUUUCGCCUGGGAGGUCUCGCGCUCCCUAGCUGCCUGCCAAGGAGCUUUACUGCUGGUUGAUGCGACACAGGGCAUACAAGCGCAGUCGAUCUCCGUCUUCCAUAAUGCCAGGGAGCGGGGCCUUAAGAUCAUCCCCGUGCUGAACAAGAUAGACCUCCCCGCCGCACAGCCGGACAUCAUCGCCGCCCAAGUACAAUCCACGUUCGGUAUAGAUCCUGCCGAAUGCAUCCAGAUAUCUGCCAAAACCGGUAUGGGCGUCGAGAAGGUCCUGCAGGCCAUCAUUGAUCGAAUUCCCGCACCCUCUGGCGACGAGUCUGCACCACUGAAAGCCUUGCUAUUUGACUCAUUGUAUGACAAGUACCGCGGCGUCAUCUCGCUCGUCAGCAUCCAGGGAGGCGUUCUGAAGAAGGGAGACAAGAUCGCAUCAUGUCAUACACGUAAGAAGUAUGACGUCGUGGAAGUGGGCAUCAUGCACCCUGAGGAGGUGCCCACCACUUCUUUGCGGCCGGGACAAGUGGGGUACAUCGCAUGCAACAUGAAGGAAUCCUCAGAAGCGCAUGUUGGGGACACGCUUCAUCGCGCCGGCGAGCCCGUUGAAUCCAUGCCUGGUUUCAAGCUUGCUAAGGCUAUGGUCUACGCUGGAGUUUACCCGGUGGACAGCAACGACUUCUUGAAGAUGGAGGAAUCCAUUAAGAGGUUAAUUCUGACUGACCGUAGCGUCGAAAUUAGCCGUGAAUCUUCCACUGCUCUAGGACAAGGCCUCCGUCUGGGUUUCCUGGGUACAUUGCAUAUGGAUGUCUUUCGGCAACGGCUCGAGGACGAACAUGACGCUAACGUCAUCAUCACCGCGCCGACUGUGCCAUACAAAGUCGUAUAUGGGGAUCGUUCUGGGAACCGUACAGAAAUUGUCAGCAACCCUACCAAUUUCCCAGAUAUCACGGAUUCAACGGCUCGAGUCAAGGAGAUACUUGAACCUAUUGUCAAUGCCUCCAUCAUUGUGCCGGAAGAGUACCUCGGGGAUAUGAUGGACCUAUGUUUCAGCCACCGAGGAGAAAACCUCGACCAUCGCUACCUUGAUGUCACCGGAAGCGCGUCUUCACGUAUCAUGAUGACUUGCACAUUGCCCUUGACUGAAAUCGUCACGGACUUCUACGACAAACUCAAGAGCCGUAGUUCCGGGUUCGCAAGUUUUGAUUAUGAAGACGCUGGGUACCAGAAGAGCAAUAUGGUCAAGAUGACUUUCCUGCUCAAUAACAAGCCAGUGGACGCUCUCGCGCUUAUUGUGCAUCGGUCAAACGAACAAGAGGUCGGUCGGCAAUGGGUCAAGAAGCUCCACAAGAUCAUUCCUCGGCAGCUGUUUGAAGUCCCCAUUCAAGCCGCAGUAGGGAGACGUAUUGUCGCGCGUGAAACGCUAUCCGCCUUGCGCGCAGACGUCACGGCAGGACUCUAUGGCGGACAUUACGAGCGCAAGCUCAAGCACUUGGAGAAUCAGAAGGAGAGCAAGAGGCAGAUGAAACGGGUUGGGAGCAUUGAUCUCCCGCAAGAAGCAUUCCUCGAUAUGUUGCGGACGAAAAAGUCAUAG